CAGAACCCAACUCAAAUCCGCUGAAACGACAGAGUCUCACUUUCUCAGCAUAGCACUGUUCACUUUCAUGAUUUAUUACUCUCUGGUCUUUAUAGUAGUUGCCCAGAUUCCGUACCAAAAGAAUUCUCCUUGUACAAGCUCAGCUUAGACAAUUCAGUGGUGAAUUUGAAGUUCCAAAAUGGGGAUGUUCUAAAUGUUUAAAUGAGCAUUGUUUUUCAAUAAUGGAUUCAAAAGCAUUGGCAAAAUCAAAGAGAGCUCACUCAUUACACCAUAGCAAAAAGCAGUUUCAUUCUGGUCAAAAAGCAAAAGUUAAAGCCCCAACUGGAGGUGCUACUGAUGCUGCAAGUGGAAAUAAGGCGGUAGGGAAGCAAACUAGGGAGAAAGCUCGACAGUCUGGGCUCCCUUCGAAUUGUGAUCGUUAUGAGGAAGAAUUUGAUUCAGGUUCUGGAGAUCCUUUAGGAGAUAGUAUAAAUAACGCUUCUGAUAUUAUUUUGCCUAAGAGUAAAGGUGCAGACUAUCGUCACCUGAUUGCUGAAGCUCAAUCUCAGUGCCAGUCAGGUUCUUACUUGGAUAUGUUUCCUUCAUUGGAGGACAUUUUGCCUGCAGACUUCAAACUCGGAGUGGGGCCAAUGCUUUCUGUCAGGGGAGAGGGCAUUCUAUCAUGGACUGGGGAUGAUAAUUUUGUUGUGGAGGAUGAAUCAGCUGUGAGCCCUGAGGCACAUUUUCUCUCCCUGAAUUUGAGUGCUCUUGCCGAACAACUACUGAAAGUAGACAUUUCAGAGAGGCUCUUCAUGGAAGCAGACAUAUUACCACCAGAGCUGUCUGGCCAUGGAGCAAAGGCAACCAGUAGCCUGGAAUCAGAACAAAAGCAAACAAGUGAAAUGAAAGUAAAUUCAACAGUCUCUGAAGAAUUGAUAUUAAAAGAUUUAUCCGAGAAGAAUGAGUUUGCAAAACAGAGCUCUGAGGUUAUGUCAUCAGAAUCUAUUCUUACUGGCCAAUCAGACCCCAUUUCACUUAAUCAAGAAUUUGAUAUGAUAAAUAAAACUGAGGGUGACUUCAGUGCAAGUCGACACAGCAGCUCCUGUGAAAACAGAGCUAUGGAGUCCCCAGCAGAAAUCAGUGGGAGUUCUAUCGCAGACCCCAAGAAGAAACCAUAUAUGUUCGAGGCAACAGCUGCUGAGGCAGAACUUGAUAUGCUUCUCGAUUCAUUUAAUGAGACCAAGUUUCUCGAUUCUUCUGGCUUUACGUCUGCUGCUUUUCCCUUGUCCAAAAAAGAGGCUCCUAGAGCUCUGCCACAACUCAUAAGAAACACCCCGAGUUCUUCUAAAACAUCCAUUUCUGCCACACUGGAUGAUGCACUUGAUGACUUACUCGAGCAAACAUCCAAUUUGUCGAACCAAAACAAUUCAUACCAGUCGGUGAAGGUGACAGCUACUUCAAACGAAAUGCAAUCUUCUUCUUCCUCUCGGUCUGUAACAAAAUCUAAAGUUUUGGAUGAUUUUGAUUCAUGGUUAGAUACACUUUGAUUACUGUAAAAGCUAAAACACCUGACCAAUGUAUCCUUUUUUGUUGUGCUUUAAACAAUACUAGAAUCUAUACUUUCUUUUUCUGUUA